ACCCCCAUGUACUUCUUCCUCUCCAACCUGUCCUUUGUGGACAUCUGUCUCACCUCCACCACCGUCCCAAAGAUGCUGGUGAACAUCCAGACACAGAGCAAGGUCAUCACCUAUGCAGGCUGCAUCACCCAGGUAUUCUUCUUCCUACUUGUUGUAGGGUUGGAUGCCCUCCUCCUGACUGUGAUGGCCUAUGACCGAUAUGUGGCCAUCUGUCAACCUCUACACUACACCAUCAUCAUGAACCCCCAGUUGUGUGUGUUGCUGGUUCUGAUGUCUUGGACCAUGAAUAUUCUGCAUUCUUUGUUCCAAAGCUCAGUGGUGUUGCGGCUGUCCUUCUGUACACACAACCAAAUCCCCCACUUCUUUUGUGAAAUUAAUCAGGUGGUCCUCCUUGCCUGUUCUGACACCUUUAUUAAUGACAUUGUCAUACAUUUCGGAGCCAUAAUGCUGGGUGGUGGAACCUUUUCUGGUAUCCUUUACUCUUAUUCUAAGAUAGUUUCCGCCAUAUGUAAAAUCUCAACAGCUCAGGGGAAGUACAAAGCCUUUUCCACCUGUGCUUCUCACCUCUCAGUUGUCUUCUUACUUUAUUGUACAGUCUUAGGAGUAUACCUUAGUGGGGCUGAUAAUCAAAAUUCACACCCAAGUACAACAGCCUCCGUGAUGUACACAGUGGUCACACCCAUGCUGAACCCUUUCAUCUAUAGUUUGAGGAACAAAGACAUAAAAAGGGCUCUGAGAAGACUCAUUCGGGAAGAAAUUCGCCUAGAUUAA